CAAUCUCGAGUAUCUAUAAAUAAGACCAUACAAACCUUGAGAAAAGCAUCCACUUCUCUGACAGAACAACAAAAGAAUCCAAGCGGUUGGUGGUCAGCCAUGGCAAGCAGCUCCCAAGAAGUUCCUGCCACUUCAAAGAAGCUUCAGGGUAAGGUGGCGGUGAUCACCGGCGGCGCGAGCGGCAUCGGCGCGUGCACGACGCGGCUGUUCGUGAAGCACGGCGCCCGCGUCGUGGUCGCCGACAUCCAGGACGAGCUCGGCGGGAGCCUCUGCGCCGAGCUCGGCCCGGAGAACUCCAGCUACGUGCACUGCGACGUGACCGACGAGGCCGACGUCGCCGCCGCCGUGGACCACGCCGUGGCCAAGUUCGGGGGUCUGGACGUCAUGUUCAACAACGCCGGCGUCGGCGGCGCGCCGUGCUAUAGCAUCCGCGACGCCGCCAAGGAGGACCUGGAGCGCAUGCUGGCCGUGAACGUGGUGGGCCCGUUCCUGGGCACGAAGCACGCGGCGCGGGUGAUGGUGCCCGCCCGCCGCCGGGGCAGCAUCAUCUCCACGUCGAGCAUGGCGUCGGCGGUGGCCGGCCCGGGGCCGCACGCGUACGCGGCGUCGAAGCACGCCGUGGUGGGGCUCAUGCGGAACGCGGCGGCGGAGCUGGGCCGGCAUGGGAUCCGCGUCAACUGCGUCGCCCCCGCGGCGGUUGCCACGCCGAUGUCGACGGGGAUGGGCGGCGUGGACAAGCAGGCGACGGUCGAGGCGGUCAUGGAGGCCGCGGCGAACCUCAAGGGCGUGGGGCUCAAGGUGGACGACAUCGCCGCCGCGGCGCUUUUCCUCGCAAGCGACGACGCCCGGUACGUGAGCGGGCAGAACCUGCUCAUCGACGGCGGCUUCUCCGUCGUCAACCCAUCAUUUGGUUUCUUCAAGGACUGAGAUAGUGAGAUGUGAUACUUGCAAGCACAUUUCUUGAAUAAAAUUGGAUCAAUGGUACCGGCAUAUUUAGCAUUA